AUGAGGGCGAAGAAAUGUUUCGAGUCAGGGUGCAUGAAUGAGGUUGAGCAUGAAAAUAUUAAGAGUUUAAAAGGGCCUGAAAAUGCAAACAAUUCAAUAAAAAAAAGCCUAAAAAGUGGGGCAAGAUUGCUUAAUUCUAAAAUAAGCGCUGUUUCUAAUUAUCUCAAUAGUAAGCCCAAGGGAACAGAGAGUGCUUUAAAAGUUAUAGACAUCUUAAGAAAUAAAACUGCUGAGAUAAUGAGUAGAUGAAACAAUUCAGAAUUAGAGAUAGACUUCAGAAAAACUUGCUCUGCAAUUCAGGCUAAUUCUAAUUUUUAUGAUCCACCAGUAAUGCAAGCUUACCAAGAUUAUCUUAAAGCUUAUCAACAAAAAUCAUCUCUUUAUAAUAUUACAACAGAUUAUAAAACCGAAAGAACUAAUUUGCAAAUUUAUAACACUGAAACUGAAGCCCAAGAAGUCAAAAUCUUGUGGACUCCGCAAUUACUAGACAAGGAAACUUGCAUAACUCAACUUCCAAAUGGCAAGCUAUUCUGUUAUGGUAAUAAUACACUUUCUGGAAUUACAGUGCUAAUUGAUGUGAACGGUGGAAUCAAAGUGUUGCCAUCCGGAACAAAAAAAUCGCAGUUAUUUUUUAUAAAUUUUGUAUACUUUGCAUGAAUUAGGAAUAUAUUCAGAAGCAGUAGAAAGCUAUAA